GUUUUUAGCCCCUCGAACUUUCGUCAUACCGUUUUCCGGGAACUUUUUGAAACUUUCGACACGCGAUCCGAAUGUAAACAAACGAACUUUCUAUGAGUUUUCUGAACGAAAUCAAGUUUCUUCCGCAGGUUUAAACCGAAGAGCGGCAACCCUCAUGACGUCACCGACAUUUGAAACCUGAUCAUAAAUGGGUGACACGAUGUCAAUUAUCAACAAUAACAACAACAACAACAACAACAACCACGGCUACAGUUCUACCGAACUUCUGGAUAAGAUCGAGCGGAACCAUUUUAAUCCAGCAUCCAGAAAACCGGUUCGGCUUAAGAACGUAGCCACGAGAGCUGAAUCUUUUGAUGCAUUACAUAUUAAAAAAUGCGAGUUAGGACCAUGCUCCAACCAGGUAUGCCUCGGAAGUCUUAUGGGCCAACAGGGAAAGUCGGAACCGUUAAGAAACUCGAAGGAAAUUCUGCGACAAGCGAGGGAUUUUCUCGAUCAAUAUUUCACUUCAAUAAGACGGGCCCAGAGUCCCGCACACUUAUCGCGAUGGGAGCAAGUGCACAAGGAAGUGACGACGACUGGCACUUAUCAGCUGACAGAAACUGAGCUCAUUUACGGGGCUAAAUUAGCCUGGAGAAACUCGGUCAGAUGUAUUGGACGUAUACAGUGGUCCAAGCUACAGGUAUUUGACUGUCGUUACGUCACCACCACCAGCGGGAUGUUUGAGGCAUUGUGUAACCACAUUAAGUAUAGUACAAACAAAGGCAAUAUUAGAUCAGCAAUAACGAUUUUCCCUCAAAGAACUGACGAUAAACAUGACUUUAGAGUGUGGAAUCCGCAAUUGAUCAGCUACGCUGGGUAUAAGCAAUGUGACGGCUCGGUGGUUGGUGAUCCAUUGAAUGUGGAAUUCACUGAGGUAUGCCAGAAAAUUGGAUGGAGAGGCAAAGGGACACGAUGGGAUAUUUUACCGAUAGUCGUUUCCGCUAAUGGACAUGAUCCGGAUUAUUUUGAUUUGCCUAAGGAGUACGUCUUGGAGGUUCCAUUGACGCAUCCAAGCUUAAACUGGUUCGAAAACUUGGGCUUAAGAUGGUUUGCCUUACCGGCGGUUUCCAGUAUGAUGUUCGACUGUGGUGGUAUCCAGUUUACAGCGGCCCCAUUUAACGGAUGGUACAUGAGCACAGAAAUUGGUUGCAGAAACUUAUGUGAUACUCAACGUUUAAAUAUGUUAGAGACUAUAGCACUCAAUAUGGGCUUAGAUACACGUACCCCAGUAACCCUCUGGAAAGACAAAGCGAUGGUGGAGUGUAAUUUGGCAGUUCUUCACAGUUUCCAGGAAAAAGGGGUGACUAUUGUGGACCAUCACACCGCAUCCGAAUCCUUCAUGAAACAUCUGGAAAACGAGGUGAGAUUGAGAAACGGUUGUCCGGCCGAUUGGGUCUGGAUCGUGCCGCCCCUAUCCGGAUCCGCCACCCCGGUAUUUCACCAAGAGAUGGCCUUAUAUUAUUUAAAGCCCUCCUAUGAAUAUCAGGAUCCAGCCUGGAAAUGUCACGUCUGGAAAAAAGGACGAGAAUCUGGAAAGAGCAACAAACCAAAACGAAAGUUUCACUUUAAACAGAUCGCUAGGGCGGUCAAAUUUACGUCAAAACUCUUCGGACGAGCUUUAUCCAGAAGAAUUAAAGCUACUGUACUUUAUGCCACAGAAACUGGAAAAUCUGAGGGGUAUGCCAAAAAAUUGGGAGAAAUAUUCGGACACGCCUUUAACGCACAAGUAUAUUGUAUGGCCGAUUAUGACAUUUCCAGUAUAGAACACGAGGCGUUAUUGCUUGUCGUUACUUCCACUUUUGGUAAUGGAGAUCCGCCCGAAAAUGGAGAGGAAUUUGCAAAUAACCUUUACACUCUAAAAAUCAGCGAGAACGGCAUCAUUAACGGCGAUCCGGAGCGACUGAGCAUGGCUACCUCGAAAUCCUUUAUAAAAGCUAACAGUCAGAGUGAACUUGGAUCGGUGAACAGAAAAUUGGAUCGACUGAAUUCCCUUCGGGGUGGUUCUUCGUCGAUCAGUGAGCCGUUACUGGAAGACACUUUUGGGCCACUAAGUAACGUAAGAUUCGCCGUUUUUGCUCUGGGAUCAAGCGCUUACCCGAAUUUCUGCGCCUUCGGUAAAUACGUGGACAAUCUACUCGGCGAGCUGGGGGGCGAGCGUCUGAUCAAACUCGCAUCCGGAGAUGAAAUGUGCGGCCAAGAACAGGCGUUCAUGAAAUGGGCACCUCAAGUGUUUAAACUUUCUUGCGAGGCGUUUUGUCUAGACGAUGACGAUACAUUCCUCGAGGCCACCAUAAGUUUACAAAGUGAAUCUUUGACCCAACAGAACGUUCGAUUGAUUGAAUCUAAGAAGGAUGACACUGCAAGUGCCUUAUCUAAGUGUCAUAAUAAAAAGGUUACAUCGACGCAGCUGCUGAGACGUAUCAACCUCCUAAGCGAGACGGCAUCCAAAGCAACACUGUUGCUCCAACUGAAAAACUCCAUGUUGUACAAGCCAGGAGACCAUUUAGGAGUGUUCCCUGUAAACCGUAAAGAACUGGUGGAAACCAUACUUAACAGAGUCAAAGGUGUGGCCGAUCCUGAUCAGCCGCUAGAACUGCAAAUUUUAAAAGAAACCCAUACAUCCAAUGGAGUUGUGAAAAACUGGAAACCACACGAGAGAUUACCAUCGUGCUCCUUACGGGACAUGUUCUCCCGUUUCCUGGACAUAACCACCCCUCCGUCUCCUAAUUUGUUGCAGCAUUUCGCCAGCAUUGCUACAGACGAGCACGACCAGAAGCAACUAAACCUUCUUGCAACGGAUCCGUCAGCUUACGAAGACUGGCGUCACUGGAACUUCCCGAACCUCGCAGAAGUACUGGAGGAGUUUCCCUCGGUGAAUCCCUGCGCUCCUCUCCUAGUAGCUCAAUUAACCGUUCUUCAACCAAGGUUCUAUUCAAUCUCUUCCAGUCCACUUUUGUAUCCCAAUGAAGUGCAUUUGACCGUCGCAGUGGUGGUUUAUAAUACACAAGGUGGAGAUGGUCCUGCCCAUUACGGAGUAUGCUCGAACUAUUUGCAAGAUAUCGAAGUUGGUCAGGAUGUUUUCCUAUUUAUCAGAAGUGCCCCAAAUUUUUACUUGCCCAACGAUUUACAGAAGCCCAUUAUCCUGGUCGGGCCUGGCACUGGAGUAGCACCUUUCAGGGCAUUUUGGCAACAUAGGUACGCCCAGCUGAAAUCCAACCAUAAAAUUGGAAAAAUUUGGUUAUUCUUCGGUUGUCGCACUAAGGAAAUGGACCUGUACAGGGAAGAAAAACAUGAUAUGGUUAACAACAAGGUGCUAGAUAGAGUAUUUCUGGCUUUGUCUAGAGAGCCCAAUGUACCAAAAACUUACAUUCAAGAUUUGGCCAUAAAAGAGGCAGCUGAAAUCUAUAAACUGUUGGUGAUCCAGGAGGGACAUUUUUACGUAUGUGGCGACUGUACUAUGGCCGAGCACGUGUAUCAGACUCUAAAGAAAAUCAUUCAAACUUACGGUGGAAUGUCUCAAGCCGAGGUCCAAUCAUUCCUUUUAUCUCUAAGGGAUCAAAAUAGAUACCACGAGGAUAUCUUUGGAAUAACGUUGAGGACCGCCGAAAUCCACAAUAAGUCACGGGAGUCCGCCAGGAUCAGGAUGGCGUCCGAACCUUAACGUUACGCGAAUAAACUUUUAACUAAGAUAGCGUCUUUUUAAAGUUUUUCCAUUUUAGAUAGGAUUUUUUCUCCUUAUAACGUUUGUUCUUUAAUAUAUUAAUAUUUAAGAUUAAAAUAAAUUAAAUGGUAUAUACAGAGGGCCUAAACUCAAGCAACACAUCAUAUAUUAUUAUCAUUAAAUAUAUUUUUAUAUCAACCGUAUAAAGUCAAUUCCGGCAUUUAAAAAAAUUAACAAAGGACUUACACUGGAUCACUAUGCUACAUAUGUGAUUAAAUGAUUUCGUUACCACAUAUGUGACGCUAUUUAGGAUACGAUUAACUUUUCAUACAUUUAUAUAUCUCAUAGUUUAAUUAAGGAUUAUCGUACACAAAGAAAUACUAAAUGCAUUAACGUGUCUGAAACAAAAAUUAUACCAAAUAAGAUAUACAAAUUAAAAAAAACUGAAGAAUACAAAUAUCCUCAAAACUAAGCAAGAAUUUAAAAAAUAAAAUUUGUUGAACUUUUUUUACUAAAAAAUAUUUACGAUAAACCGUUAAACCGAAAAGAACCCGAUAAACGUUCUUGUGUAUGAUAUUUCCUUAUAAAACUAUAAGUUAUAUACGUGCUUGAAAGGUAUAUCGUAUACUUAAUAGUGACAUCUAUAGGAUCAUUUUAUAAAAUGUUUGAGGUAUGGUAAUCGAGUUUCAAAAUUAGAUAUGUAAAUCCCGUGUCAAUUUUUUUAAAUACCGACAUUUACUCUUUUUUGUAACCUGGUUAAUAAAUAUGCUUUGACAAUAUACGGUGGUGAUAAUUAUGUCAAAAUUAAAAAUUUACUGAAAAAUCGUCGAAUAAACAUAUAUUUAACGAUAAU